AUGUUUAAGUCCGUGGUAAUCAAUCGUGCUGGCCUGGAGGACGUCGAACGUCUUCAUUACCUGAAGACAUACCUUACAGGUCAAGCAGCUCAAGCAAUCGCCAACACACCCAUGUGCAACGAGAGCUUCUCACUCGCCUGGGGUGCCAUUUGUAAACGGUAUGAUGUACCUCGCUUACUCAUCGGUGCUCAGCUCGACAAGCUGGUCAAUCUUCCAGCACUCACCUCGCGCUUGUCAAAACAACUUUACUCGCUGAUUGAUCAGACCCACGAGGCGAUCAAUGCGCUCUUGGCUCAAAAGGUCAAUCUCCAGGAUGGGGACUGCUACCUGCUCACUCACAUCAUCAUCUCAAAACUCGACCGCUCAACUCGUGAGGCUUGGGAACUAUCAUUGGGAGCCUCUGUUGAAUUCCCAAAACUCAACCGGCUACGUCAAUUCCUGACAGAGCGUGCUCGUGCUCAAGAACGCUACGAGGAAAGUACCUCAAAGGCUGGUGAUCAUCAGAAAUCCAGUCACUCGAACUCGCACUCAAGCUCCAAAGGCCAUAAGACCUCCUAUGCUCAUAUGGCAACAUCCUCGGCUCCAAAAUCGGCUGGAGCAUCAACACCAGCAAGCGCUCAACAAAAAGCGGUGGCUAAAGCACAGUAUCCGUGCGACCUGUGCCAAGGUGAUCACUACCUGGUCAGAUGUGACCAGUUUGGCAAAAUGACUCCACCACAACGAACUCAGCUGGUGAUCCAAGCCAGAUUGUGCCCAAACUGUCUUGGACACCACCGAGUCGAGUCAUGCAACUCACCAUUCCGUUGCAGAGUGUGUCAGGAACAGCACCACUCGAUGAUUCACCCAGGAAUCCCUGCAACGCAAACUCAAGCACUCGACACGCACUCGCACUCGCCUACUACAAGCUCACCGCACUCAAACAACACUCUUGCCCACACUCAAGCUCAAAAUACUCAUGAUCGCAGCACUCGUACUCAUCACUCGCCCACUCAGAACUCAACAACUGGUUGUACUCAAACUCAUCAUUACGCUACGUUACUAGCAACUUGUCAAGUCUACGUAGUGACCAAGUUAAGUACUCACCCAAUACGCAUUCUCUUAGAUACCGGUUCUGAGAUAUCCUUUGUUUCAGAUUCAUUGAUAAGAAUGCUCAAUAUUUCUCGUGCUCGAUCACACCUUAACAUCCUAGGGAUCGGAGCAGCCAAGGCUGGCCAUACCAGAGGGUGUGCAACUCUCACUCUGCGUUCAUACCACUCGGAUCAAUCACUCACGAUAAAGGCUCACAUCCUCAGUGGUUUAACUGCUCAAUUACCAUCUGACCAAGUCCAAAACACCGACUUGGCACAGUACUCGCAUCUCACGCUCGCAGAUCCAGAGUUUGGAACCCCAGGUCCAACGGAUGUCAUCCUUGGAGCUGAUUACUACGACCAGGUCAUCACUGGCGAGAUCAUCAAGUGCAAAUCUCCUGGAUUACUCGCUCAAAACACCAUCUUUGGCUGGAUUAUCAUUGGUCCAGUCCAAGCUCGGCUCAACAAACCACUGAGAAUUCAUCAUGCUGUCUCCAAUCAUCAUGAUCAAGAUCUUCAAGACUUACUAACUCGAUUCUGGCUCCAAGAAGAGGUCAGUCCAACUCAACUACGCUCAUUAACUCCCGAAGAAGAGGCUUGUGAAGCUCACUUCCGGGACACUCACACUCGAGACAGUUCUGGCAGAUACAUCGCCAGACUGCCAUUGAUAUCAGACCCGCACCAGCUGGGGAACUCAUACACAGCAGCUCGUCGCUGCUUACAACACCUCAUGCGACGUCUUGAUAAUGAUGCUCGGCUCAAAACACUCUACAUGAACUGCAUGGCAGAGUAUCUCGAACUCAAGCACAUGGUGCCUGCGGCAUCAUCUACAUCAUCAAUUCAAUACUUCCUACCCCACCAUGGGGUACUGAAGGAGGACAACAACAACUUCAAGAUCCGUGUGGUCUUCAACGGCUCAAAACCAACCAGUUCAGGACUCUCACUCAACGACAUCAUGCAUACCGGGCCAAAAUUACUCGUUAACAUCUUCGACGUACUCAUCAGCUCGCGACAACACCGGUUCAUCUUUAUCACAGAUGUUACCAAAAUGUAUCGACAGAUUUUGGUUCACGAAAAGGACCAAGGUCUGCAACAAAUACUCUGGUUUGAUAAGGAAGGAAACAUCACCCCCUUCAAACUUACUACAGUUACUUAUGGGACGAAAUCAGCUCCAUUUCUUGCUGUUCGAGCCCUGCUCCAAUUGGUCGAAGAUGAAGGACAUAGAUUCCCACUCGCAAUCGAUCCACUCACUAAAGGUCGGUAUGUCGACGACAUUUCCGGAGGCGCAGAUGAUCUCGAGUCAUUGCAAGCAGUUGCGGAUGAUAUCGAGGGUCUGUGCAAGGCGGGCGGAUUUCCACUCGCCAAAUGGGCAAGCAAUCAUCGCAAACUACUUCAGCUCAAUCGUGCGGAAGCGAUUACAAAAUACAAAAUAGAGGAUCCAGGAGUCAGCACCAAAAUUCUUGGGAUGUACUGGUCUUCAAACAAGGAUCAAUUCUCUUUCAAACACUCGCCACCAUGCUCAACUCAACCAUGCACGAAGCGUGCAAUUCUAUCAGAGAUUGCUCAGAUCUUUGAUCCACUGGGAUUCCUAUCACCACUCAUAAUUCAAGCCAAAAUGUUCAUGCAGGAACUUUGGCUUGUCAAACUCGGCUGGGACACUCCAUUGUCUGCAGAAUUACGACAGAAAUGGACUUCAUUCAAAACUCAACUCGAUAUGAUUCAUAUCAUCAAGAUUCCCAGAUGGAUCCACUCGUCCACGAACUCGGCUCUAGAAAUCCAUGGAUUCUCCGAUGCCUCGCAAUUGGCGAUGGCUGCGGCAGUAUUUAUCAAGGUCCUACCGACAACUCGAACUCAAACACUGCCAGACUACACUCAACUACUCGCAUAUGGCCACUGGAAGUUUGUCCCUGGCACUGACAAUCCAGCAGAUUGUGCAACUCGAGGCUUGACAACCAGUCAGCUUAAAACUCAUCAACUAUGGUGGUCUGGCCCAUCAUGGUUGCUCGAAGACUCGCCGUCCUGGCCAACCAGUCCUAUUCAUAAAGAUGCAGAUACUCACCUGGAAGAACGUCCAGUCAAAUCACUCUAUGUUUCGGCUCAACCACUCAACUCGUCUUGGACGCUAAUGGAACGUCCAAUCCCACUAUUGCGUAUGCUCAGAGUUACAGCAAUUUGUGGGAGGGUACGCGAUAUAAUCAAACGCAUACCACACUCGACUCUCGCUCAUCCACUCACAUCAACUGAAAUCAACCUUGCACUCCAGUUCUGCAUCAAGGAAACUCAACGUAUUCAUUUCUAUUCUGAACUCCAAUUACUCGCAAAACAGGCAUCAUGGCCAAAGGAUCACCCAUUUGCUCGGUUGGUGGCUUAUCAAGACACCGAUGGCAUCAUCCGAGUAGGGGGGAGAUUGGAAAAUGCUCCGAACUCAGAUCAACAGAAGCAUCCUGCAAUUCUACCUCGUGAUGCUGCUCUAACUCGACUCGUCAUCUCUGAUGCCCAUCAGCGUACCAUGCAUGGUGGUACUCAACUCACACUCGCUCAUACUCGACUCAGAUACUGGAUCAUUGGUGGACGUCAACCAGUACGUUCACACAUACUCAAAUGUCUCGUCUGUGCUCGUCAUCGAUGUGUUCGCGCUCAGCAAUUAAUGGGACAACUCCCAACUCAACGUGUCACUCCAGCGCCACCAUUUUCUCACACUGGAGUCGACUACGCUGGUCCAGUAUCAAUAAAAUCAUGGAAAGGUCGAGGAUCCAGGAUAUACAAGGGCUGGAUCUGUGUGUUUGUCUGUCUGACCACAUCAGCAGUUCACGUCGACCUUGUCAGCGACUACUCAUCAUCAGGAUUUAUAGCAGCUCUCCGACGGUUUAUUCACCGUCGAGGGAUAUGUACAGCACUCUACAGCGACUGUGGAACGACAUUCCAAGGCGCGUACUCGGAACUCAAGCGGCUCUUCACUCAAGGCACUCAAGAAUCUCAUGCUCUAGUCGAUUGGGCCACUGUGCAUCAAAUCACAUGGCAUUUCAAUCCUCCUGCUGCUCCCCAUAUGGGUGGUAAAUGGGAAGCCGCAGUGAAAUCGGUGAAACAUCACCUGACUCGCACACUCGGAGAAUCAGCCUUCACGUUUGAAGAACUUACGACUCUUUUAACGCAAGUGGAGGGGAUUUUGAACUCGAGACCAUUGGAGGCUCUAUCCGACGAUCCUCAGGAUCCUUCAUCGCUCACUCCAGGUCAUUUUCUCAUUGGGAGACCAAUCGUUGCGAUCCCUGAACCUUCACUCAUGGAUACAGAAGUAUCAAGACUCUCUCGCUGGCAGUUCAUUCAGCAACGUGUCCAGCAUUUCUGGAAUCACUGGUCCACCAGUUACAUUCAACGUCAUCUGGCUCGAACCAAGUAG